GGUGGCCACAUUCAUUUACAAGAAGACUUUGGAAGUGAACGUCCUAUUUUUUUCAUCUCAAUAGACUGCAGUUACUUUGUCUUGGUUGGCAAACCCUUGAUUCAGCAAUGGUGAAAGAGAAGACUCAUGUUAACGUGGUGAUUAUCGGUCACGUGGACAGUGGCAAGUCGACCACCACCGGCCACCUCGUCUACAAAUGUGGUGGCAUCGAUCAGAGGAAGCUGGAGAAGUUUGAGAAGGCUGCAGCACAGAUGGGGAAGAGCUCCUUCAAAUUUGCCUGGGUGUUGGACAAACUGAAAGCUGAGCGGGAGCGAGGAAUCACCAUUGACAUUUCUCUGCUGAAAUUUAGCACUCAAAAAUUCACCAUGACUAUUAUUGAUGCUCCUGGGCACCGGGACUUCAUUAAAAACAUGAUAACUGGGACGUCACAGGCUGACGUUGCCCUCCUGGUGGUCUCUGCAGCCAAAGGAGAGUAUGAGGCCGGUGUGUCAAGAAGCGGUCAGACCAGAGAGCACGCCUUGCUGGCUUACACUCUGGGUGUGAAGCAGAUUAUAGUCUGUGUGAACAAGAUGGAUCUGACUGAACCUCCUUACAGCCAGAAACGCUUUGACGAGGUGUUGCGAGGUGUGAGUGGCUUCCUCAAGAAGAUCGGCUACGCCCCCACCACCGUGCCCUUUGUGCCCAUAUCUGGCUGGACCGGGGAGAACAUGAUCACUGCAACCCAGAGGAUGCCCUGGUUCCAAGGCUGGAAAUCCAGACGAAAGGAAGGGAGUGCGAGUGGGAGAACUCUACUAGAAGUCCUGGACUCCAUUCAGCCACCAGUGCGCACCACCAACAAGCCCCUACGAUUACCUCUGCAGGACGUCUACAAAAUUGGAGGAGUAGGGACUGUGCCAGUGGGUAAGAUUGAAUCUGGUGUCCUCAAACCGGGCAUGACCCUGAUGUUCUCCCCUGCCAAGAUCACGGCAGAGGUGAAGUCCAUUGAGAUGCACCACCAGGGGCUGGAGACGGCUCUGCCUGGACACAAUGUUGGCUUCAACAUUAAGAACGUGGCCGUGAAGAACCUGCGGCGUGGGGAUGUGGCUGGCAACGCCCAGCAGGACCCUCCGUCAGAUGUCAGCAGCUUUGAAGCUCAGGUGAUCAUCCUGAACCAUCCAGGGAAGAUCAAAGCCGGCUACUCUCCUGUCCUGGACUGCCACACCGCCCACGUGACCUGUCGCUUUGCUGAGCUGCUGGAGAAGAUCGACCGGCGCACCGGCAAGAAACUGGAAGACCAUCCGCAGAUACUGAUGUCUGGAGACGCUGCUACAGUCAAACUGGUUCCCAUCAAGCCCAUGUGUGUGGAGAGCUUCUUCACGUACCCUCCCUUGGGUCGUUUUGCAGCAAGAGACCUGAAGCAGACGGUCGCUGUUGGCGUCAUCAAGUCGGUGACAAAGGACCACGGGUCGAAACAUCCCCACAAAGCCCAAGUGUGUAAAUAAUUUUGUUUUACCAGUAAAUCCUGGUAUGGCUGUUUUCAGUUUUAUUUGGUAAAGUGCAAUUUUUUUGUGUUGCGACACAAAUUAUUUAUGUUUAAGUGAUUAUUCCUGUGUUGAUGUUGAAUCCAAAAGACUCUGUAAAACAUGGAUGGUAAACUUUGGU